AUGUCGAACCCGAGUGUCGUCCAGGUCAAGCCCUUCCUCCAGCCCUUCCCGUACGGCCGCGAGGGCAUGGACUCGUGGGCCGCCCAGUUCGCCCUCGCGACGCCGUCCCUCAAGCGCGGCAUCGACCAGGACGGCGGCAUCAAGCCCAACCAGCCGUACGGCGAGCUGUGGAUCGGCGGCACCCACCAGAACGGCCCGUCGUACGUCGAGGGCACCGACGAGGAGCUCAAGUCGUUGAUCCAGCGCGACCCGGCCUACUACCUCGGCAAGAAGCUCGUCGCCGACGACCAGAUGUCGAGCCAGUACCCGUCCGACCUCCCGUUCCUGUUCAAGAUCCUCUCGUUCGACAAGCCGCUCCCCCUCCAGUGCCACCCGGACAAGAGCCUCGGCAAAAGGAAGCGUCGCGAGGGCGAGAACAGCAACUUUGUCGACACGAACGCCAAGCCCGAGGUCGGCGUCGCCCUUAGCCCGUUCACUGCCUUUGUCGGCUUCCGCCCUCUCGAGCAGCUCGCGGCCAUCGUCAAGGGCGUCCCCGAGUUCCAGGAGCUGUUCACCGAGUCGACCCUCUCGUCCCUGUCCUCGUCCGCGUCGUCCUCCUCGUCCGACGCCGAGCCCAAGGCCGGUCGGGCCAACGCGAGCGGCGAGAGCGAGGCUGCGGCCAUGGCGCGCGUGUUUGACAUCUCGGUCAAGACGUACGGCGAGGACGACGUCGGGUCGCUCGUCGCGGUCGUCCUCAUGAACAUCCUCCGCCUCGACAAGGGCGAGGGUGCCUGGAUCCUCGCCGACGACUUGCACGCCUACGUCGAGGGCGACAUCAUCGAGUGCAUGGCCAACUCGGACAACAUGGUCGCGCACGGGCUCGGCGAGGCCGACAUGGGCGGCCGCUCGACGUUCGUCGAGAUGCUCAGCUACCGCCACCUGCCCGCCGAGGACCUCCUUCUCGAGUACGAGGACAAGUGGAGCGCCGGCCAGCAGGGCCUCACGCGCCGGUACAAGGUCCCCAUCGCCGAGUUCGACCUCCUCGCCACGACGCUCACGUCUGUUUCCCCGACCGAGACGCUCUCGCCGCUCGAUGGGCCGCUCACGUUCGUCGUGACGAACGGCACGGUCAAGGUCACGGCCGGCGACGACUCGGUCGAGCUCUCCAAGGGCCAGGCGGGCUUUGUGCGCGCCGGUGUCGAGAUCAAGCUCGAGGGCAACGGCGAGCUGUGGGGUGCCUUCUACCAGUAGAUGGGCGAGGAGGAGGGAGGAGCCGCCGACCGUGUGCGGCGCGAGGAGGAGAAGUGUUGCUCGUCGCUCUGUUCCUCUCUUUCUCUCGGGCCCGUCCUGUCUGUCUGUACAUAGUCCGCGAGUCUGCAAAGAGUCCAAUCCC